AUGCCACUCGCUCGAUCAAACGACCCUCUGGUCUGGAUAGACUGUGAGAUGACGGGUCUUGACCCAGACCACGACACCAUCCUCCAAAUCUGCUGCAUCAUCACCGAUGCCCAGCUGAACGUGCUCGACCCGCAGGGCUUCGACGCCGUCAUCCAUCACUCGGACUCGGUGCUGAAGAACAUGUCGGCCUGGUGCGUCGACAUGCACGGCCGCACGGGCCUGACGGCCGCCGUCCGGGCGUCGGCCACCAGCGCCGCCGAGGCCGCCGACUCGCUGCUGGCGUAUAUUCGUCGCUUCGUUCCUGCCCCACGCACGGCGCUGCUGGCGGGCAACAGUGUCCACGCCGACAAGGCCUUUCUGGCGCGGGCGCCCUACGCACAGGUUCUGGAGCACUUGCAUUAUCGUCUGUUGGACGUGAGUAGUCUGAAGGAGGCGGCGCGGCGAUGGGGCAGUGAGGAUUUGUUGGCGCAAGUUCCUGCGAAGCGGGAGGUUCAUUUGGCGCGCGAUGAUAUUCUGGAGAGUAUUCAGGAGAUGCGAUUCUAUCGGGAGAAGUUGUUUGGACUGUCAUGA